UCUUCUAUUUCGACCACACCUAUUUGUAUUGUUUUUCCGUGCAAACUACUCAUAAACUAUUCAUGGCAUUUUGGAAAACACCCAAAGAAAACAAUGAACAUACUCUGCAGACGCUGUCCUAGGAGUCACGUAAAAAUCGGUGCCCGUAUUUCAUUGAUUUCGUCGAAAGAUUACCGCGUUUUGGUGUCGGGAACAGACGUCACAUUAGUAAGGGACAAUAGAUGGACUGCCACUCGAUAUCAUUGCCUAGGAUUUUAAAUUUCUGCCAUAAAAAGCCACAUCCUGCCAAACACUCAGGAUUUAAAAAACCCAGAUCUGCCAAAAACGUUAAAGAGGAUUUAUAACGCAGGGAUCAACUUGCCAAAUACAUUGCCUGAAAAAAUCCGCUUCGUGGAAUAAAAACCUGAUUUGCAAGUUUUUUAAAAUUCGUCUAAAGUGAACGUUGGCUAGGAUUUUAAAACUCGUCACAUUGUUUGCCAAACAAAGGACGCUGAUGGAAUAAAUCACACAUUUGUGCCAAUUUUCAGUAAUAGCCAAAACUGGAUUAUUUUCGCCAUUUUCCCGGACUCGCCCUUCGUUGUUAUGGUGUGCAAUAAAGACGUCACGACGGAAUCCACCGGCCCAAUGUUCACUGCCGCCUCGCCGGGAAUAUCCCAGCAUGCAACACCUGCCGUCGCUUCGUACGCCCGCGACGUCGCGUCGACGUGCGACUGGAGCCACUUGCGCCUCCAAACGCUGGCCGAUCUACUCUUACUAAAAAUAGACUUGCGCCCGGUGACGUCGGACGCGCUGGCCUUAUUCCAUAACUCGUUCUCGCAAUGUCGCGAUAUCGUGAUAACGAAAACAAAAGAGUUGUCCGUUUUGAUAAGCGCCAUCAGUACACAGUUACACAGCAUCACGGCAAAAUGGACUGAUAUCAUAGACCACAUGGGUUCGAUGACGGACUUGGUUGUGUCGCUAAUCGAAUGCUGCAGCCACGCGGCGUACCUCGUUACGACUUGUAAACCGGACUGCCAGCCGCCGACAAACGGUAUAAUCGACAAAUAUAAACUCUGCCGCGCUAGCGCCGACAUCGAACUGGCCUGCGCCCGCUUAAAGCAAUCGUCGGUCGAGGAACUCACGCCGCACGUUUUAGUGACAAUCUGUUCGGAAAUUGGCCGGAAUUUAUCGGUGUUGACGGAAUGUUGUCGGUUGGGUUCGGAUAUGUGCCAGGAUUCGGCGGACUCGGAACAGUUUAAAUUGUGCGUGAAAAGUAUGACGUCGAAUGCCAGUUGUUUGUUGACGAGUAUUCGGAGCUUUAAGCAAAAGUCGUCGGAGUUAUCUCACAGACGUUGUUGCGGUUUCGGCGAUGCCUUGGUCGCGUCCACGUCGGCGCUGGUCAACUUUGCGACGGAGCCCGAGUUUGUCGGAGAGCCGGCUGCGGUCUCGCCAGGAGCUAAAGCGAUACAGAGUUCUAUUCUUGGUGCCUGCAUGAGUAUCGUCUCUUCGUGUGUUCAGCUCUGCAAGACCGUGCGGUCCCUCGCCUAUGACAACAAGAAUCCUCGCCACCGCGGGCGCGCGAACCUCUGUCUCGAGUCGUUGACUAAGUCGACGAAUAACCUGGCAGAAACUCUGACGCAACAUCAACUCGAUGAACUGAAACUAAACAACACACAGGACUCUAGUUCGGAAACGUCGUCUUAACAUUGACUCUAGUUACCGUGGUAACGGUUGCUAUUGCAUAAAGUUACCAUGACGACCUGUUUGAAUAUGAAUCCAGAAUUAUGUUGUAAUAUUGACAUAAGAGUUCUUGUUGUGAUGAUGUGCUUCCUUGGUGGACAUUUCAUUUAGAACACGGAAAUAUCUGAUGACUGUUUCCAUGGGAACGGCUACUGCUUCCAUGACAACUGCACUGAUUGCUUUAGAACUAGGUACAGUUGCCAUGGAAACUCCGUAGCUUUUGUUUCCAUGGCGACCCUAUUGAUUACCCACAUUGAUCAUGAGGGAAAUUCAUUGCCAUGGCAACUGUUGUUGUUGUUUUGUAUCUUUGAGAAAGAUGUGCAAGCUAUUUUGGUUCAAUUCUUAUACAGAAUUUCGUUACCAUAGCAACUAUGACAACUAUGGGAAAGUGGUUGUUUUUAUCCUUGUUGCCAUGGCGAUAACAAACAUGACACAUUGCACUUGUUACAAUCAUGUACAAACAUACUUACUCAACAUUACUUAUCCGAAUGGUGCAAACGGUUGCCGUAGCAACUGAAAUUGUGUGUUUCCAUGGUAACCUGGUGUACUCUGACUCUUAUGGUUGCCAAUGUGUGUAUUAAAGGUAUGGUUCUAUUUUGGUUUUACUCAUCCGAACUGAAAGCAGUACGGGGAAUGAAAAGAUUACAUUGAUGUCACAAGGCAGUCCCAGUACAGUGGAACCUCCCUUAGCGGAGACCUCUCUAUUAAGGACAACCUCUCUAUUAAGGACACUAGUUUUGGUCCCAAAUUGGUUGUUUCCAUUCAAUUUGACCUCUCUAAUCAGGACACCUCUCUAUUAAGGACAGCACUUGUCAGUCCCAUGGGUGUCCUUAAUAGAGAGGUUCUACUGUAUUUCAGUGAUAAUGAUAAUGGGAUAUCUUACCAAGUAAUCUGUCCGGGUCGUCAAAGUUUGACCAGCGAGUUAAGUGGUAAGAUUUAGCAAUGCACAAUGUGCAUUUCUUUUGGAGUUCUAUUGCCAUGGAAAGUUGACAUCCUGUCUGAGAUAUUACAGAAGAACCUCCCUUAGCGGACACCUCUCUAUUAAGGACAACCUCUCUAUUAAGGACACUAGAUUUUGUCCCAAAUAGAAUGUGUCAAUUCAAUUUGACCUCUCUAAUCAGGACACCUCUCUAUUAAGGACACUAGUUUUGGUUUCAAAUUGGUUGUUUCCAUUCAAUUUGACUUCUGUAAUCAAGACACCUCUCUAUUAAGGACAGCACUUGUCUGUCCCGAGGGUGUCCCUAAUAGAGAGGUUCCACUGUAGUUUCAAAUUGUGUGAAAAAGUUUGUUAGACGUGCGUAUCAUAAAUGACUUCCAUGAAGAAGACUGCUGGUUAGAUGUUGUCGAUUACAUUUCUUGUUGUACUUUGCCAAAAAUCUUUACUCAAUCCAUCCAUGUUUUUGGUUGGUGAAAUCUUCCACCUGUAUCAUGUCAGAAUUCCCAGUAUCGAUUUAUGAUAUCACCACAGGUCGUCAUGACAUUAUUUCUAAUGAAAUUUCGGGAAUGAUAGCGCAUUGUCACGCUAAAAUGGCUAUAAUAGGAUCGCUAAGGUUAGAUGUGCACAGUAACAUGGCCUGUUCAGCAAUCUAAAAGGCCUACGCCGUUCAUUAAAAAUUUGAAAGUUGUAAUUGAAGUUGAACAUUUCUAAUUGCGUGAAUACGUACAAAAUAUGAAUUUCAACAUUGCCGUUGUGUAGACUGAUAUACAAAUAAUAUGAAUACCAAGUUUCAACAAAUUUGAAUGCACAAUAACUCCACUACGGCAUUGUGUAUUAGUGCAUUUCUAUUUAACUGGACCACAAGUAAUUACGAACGGCAUACUCCCUUUAAGGAUCUGGAGAUGUUUUUGGAGUGGGUUAAAUGAUAAAAUUGGUCGAUAGUUAGCAUGAAUGCGUUAAAGAUAUAGAUGAUAAAAUUGAAUGAUAAUUGGCAGGAAUGCUUUAAGAUUUAAAUUGUUAAAUAAUAGAUUGUGUAAGUUUGGUGUGUUGGGUAUGGUCAUGUGCUUUGUAGAGAGCGGUACUUUUCUCAACUGCUGACACUCUGUUAGGCCCUCUCUUCAUCAUCAUAUUAUCGUCAUAUCAUUACCCGCGUCGUAACCCUAUUGGAUUUUUGCCGGAGGCAUGGAGUCCACUAUAGGCUACUGUCAACCUAUGUGGGAUCUUUUACUUGCCCUGGCAUAGACACUCAGGUACAAGGGACCACGGCUAUCAGUCUCAUCCGACAGACCCUCACGUAUUUCAUACGUUGUACGUAUUGUAAGGAGCCAGAAAUGUUAUUUCCUUGAAAGCCACGCCGGUUCAUCCAGAAAUACAAUCCUGGGUUCUCCCCGGGAUCGAACCUGGGCCCUAUUGCGUGGUAGCCAGCAGUGUUAACCACUAGGCCAUGAGGCUCCUCGACUCAGAGCCUCAAACUUGUUGUGAAGGGCCAGGAAUUCUAUUUCCUUGAAAGCCACGCCGGUUCAUCCAGAAAUACAAUCCUGAGUUCUCUCCGGGGAUCGAACCCGGGCCCUAUUGCGGGGUAGCGAGCAGUGUUAACCACUUUGCUAUGAGGCUCCUCGAAGUGAACAAGUUGAAUGGCAUCAAAUAAUCAUUUGCAUGUUCAACUCGAGAUAAGUUGAGUGUUGGCCUACUACUACUCAGAGUACCCCUAUACUCAGAGUACCCCUAUACUCAGAGUACCCCUAUACUCAGAGUACCCCUAUACUCAUGACCUUUGACAAGUUGGUGUCGUAGACCCAAGUUGAACACAUUGAAUGGCAUCAAACGACCAUGUGUUUGUUUUAGCGCCUGAGUUGAAUAUUCAAAACUGAUCUUAGAUCGAUGACACUACAGUAUCCCAGAAUUGUUCAAGCUAGACAAUUAUAGCCUUUUAGUGCCGUGUUGGUGCAAUGCUUGUAAUGCAGUCUAGUGCAUUGUAUCUGUAGUGAAUAUUUGUCCCAGUGUGUGAGUGUUUCCGUCUAUGACCACCAGGUGCGUUUUCAUGUUAAUUGGUUACCAUGGUUACAGAAUGUAAAUUAGUUACUCGUGUUAUUAGAGUAUUGUUGCUAUGAUUCGUUAUCCAAGAGGUGAAGAAAUUCUCGCUUCUUUUCAAUCCGAAGCAUUGGAUUUUGCAAAUUAGUUUAGAUUUUAAUCCAUAGAUGGUGCCAGUGUGUUGUUGCCAUGGUUACCAAUGAGUAUGAUACACGCCUGGUUUUAAAGAUUAUUGCAUUUAUUCAAGUUGUACAUGUUGUCUUAUACCGACUAGUUAUUGGUUUUGCCACCAGGGGGCGAGGGAACGGUUUUGUGGUGUUGUGGCCAAGACCACUAAUGAAUAUUCAUAGGUUGGAGGGUCGAGGCCUAUCAAUUAGACGAGUGCAUGUUUUUUACUCUCAAGUACAUAUUUGGAGAGGUAUUGAAAAAAUAUUUGCUGUGGCAAGUCUACAGAUAUAAAGAAAUUAUUUGAUGAAAAAAUUAAUUUCGAAUUUUGCUAAUUGGGUAAUAGGAGGCGUGUUUUGAGAUUUUUCUGCCAGGUGGCUGAAAAGAGUGGAAAUAUCAAUGUCUGUCUAAUUUGUCGAUAAUCAAAAAAUAUCCAUGGCCAACUACCAGUUUACUUUUCACCAUUUACUUGCCCGACUCUCCGGAAUAUCAUAUCAAAAUUUCAGAUUCACAACCCCACGCAGUACUUGAUGCGUCGCGGUCAAACAUUGUCAAUUGAACUGCUAAAAGGCUUAAAACAUCAAUUGUGGUCUUGUCUCUCACAGAGUUCACUUGGCAUUUCCAGAAGGCAGCUCAAGACAUGUCAUGCCCCCUGGUGGCAGAGCUAGUAACUAUAUAUGUGUUGUAAUGUGAGUCUAGGUGGUGUUGUGUAGCCACUUGUGAAGCAUUUGUGAGAAAAUCAUUUGUAGAAAAAUAAACAAUACUUCGAAAGA